AAGUUUUAAGAAAAAAUCUGAAUCUUGAUUACAUCGAUGUGUACUCCGUAUAAUUUGUAUAUCUUUGUCCACAAUUACAGUUUGGUAACCUCCACAACUCUUGGCAAGACUUCAUAAAGGCCAGAACUGUAUUUGCCCUGGCAAUAGCUCUACCCCACUGCUAGAGUCUAAGCUUCCCAAAGAUGGAGACUUAUUUUGUUCACAGUGCCUGCUUAAAGAGACCCACAGAUUUCAGUUGAGAUCACCGUGGCAGCCGGACCCUUCCUUCCUCAUGAGGAGCAGCAGCUCUUAUCAACAGCAACACUGACAGAACCUGUGUUUUGGACAAGGACCGAUGGCUUCGAGCCUAGGUUGGAGAGCAUGUGCGCCAUUUCCCAUGAACCACUGUGGUGUCUUUCUGAAAGCUGUGAGAAGCAAUGGUCUUUCCUUGUUUCCCUGGGGCCAUUACCCCUGGAGAGGAACUGGAAGCUUUUUGGACCCUGAGAUGAAAGCUUUCCUGGAGGAGAACACUGAAGUCAGCAGCAGUGGCAGCCUCACCCCUGAAAUCCAGUUGCGGCUUCUGACGCCCAGAUGCAAGUUCUGGUGGCAAAAAGCUGACCUGUGGCCCUAUAGCGAACCUUACUGGGCAAUCUACUGGCCAGGAGGCCAGGCCCUGUCUAGGUAUCUUUUGGAUAAUCCUGAUGUUGUUAGAGGAAAGUCUGUGUUAGAUCUUGGGAGUGGAUGUGGAGCUACGGCUAUAGCUGCCAAGAUGAGCGGGGCAUCGAGGAUCUUGGCCAACGACAUAGACCCUAUUGCAGGAAUGGCUAUCACACUGAAUUGUGAGUUGAACCAACUGGAUCCUUUUCCCAUUUUAACCAAAAAUAUUUUGGAUUUGGAACAAGAUAAGUGGGACCUUGUUGUGCUUGGAGAUAUGUUUUAUGAUGAAGACCUUGCAGACAGUCUUCAUCAAUGGCUGAAGAAUUGCUUUUGGACCCAUAGAACUCGAGUCCUGAUUGGUGACCCUGGACGACCCCAGUUCAGUGGACAUAGCAUUCAACAUCAACUGCACAAAGUGGUAGAAUAUUCACUUCCAGAGCCUACUAGGAAGGAAAACAAUGGAUUGACAACAAGCACAGUAUGGGAUUUUCAGCCUUGAGUUGUCCAAGUGCUUCCAGGUGUGAAUAUAGCUAUGUUUGGGUUUAACCCUAAAAGACCUCCAGUUUAAAGCAUGUAGUAUCUUGUUUCCAAAACCUGAAGUCUUAAAGUUUUGUCAGCCUUUGUUAUGUAAUUUGUUCUGCAUUAUGCCAAAUAUACAAAUCUCUACCUGCAGUUUUCUGGUUUUGCUGCUGUAGGAAUAGGAUUCUAGAAGGCAACACCAAAAUGGUAGCAACAUGUAAUUUAAGUAGUGGAGAGGGAUGAGAAAGAAAAUGA